AGAACCAAACUAAAAACCAAAAAAAAAAUAAUCUCUUUUUAAAUAAAUAAAUAAGAGUAAAUUGAAGGGCUGGAAACAGGUAUCUUUCAUAGACACCCAAUCCCUCUGUUCCCUCACUCCUCAAUCCUACCCUCUCUCUCUAUGGCUUGACCCGGUCUAUCACUCAGUACUGAUUCAUGGCCCAGUCCAAUCACACAAGGCAAUGCUCUACCACCCACCCUCGUCGCCGGAGAUCUUCUUGGUGUUGUUCCUUCGCUGUACAGCCUUCAAGCCCAGAGAGCCGUCCCUUCACAAAACCCGCUUUCCGCAAGAACAAGAAAUCAGAUAUUUCGGUCUCUAAGCCUGGCCCCUACUCGGUCCCCAACUCACCCAAAUCCGGGUUAAAUUUCGUGGGUCGGAUCGACCCGAGAAGAAUUCUCUCUCCAGGCCGCGUCUCGCCUAUUGAUUCGGAUCCUACUGCCGACACGACCCGAGAUAUCAUACCCGACCCGUCACCUCAGGUGGAUUUGAGCUCGAAAUCGAGAUCCGAAUCUUUCCGGGGAAGGAGUGAGAGGAGGUCGUUCUCGGAUACUGGGUCAGAUUCGGGUCGGGGCGUUUUUGAUGUGAGGCUGAAUUUGAGAGGGAGGAAUGGUGGGGGUUUAGUGUUGGAGCUGAAUUCGGAGGUCUUGAUUGCAAAUUCAGAAGUUUUUGCGGGUUUGAUUUGCGAAUAUCGAAAAAAACUGGGGUCGAAAUGUAAUAGUAACGAGGAUGGUGGUAAUUUUUCAAGAAAGAUUUGUAGAAUUGAAGUGCCUGAUGUGGAGAAUUUGGGAAUUUUUAGGGACACAAUUGAGUUGAUGUUUGAAGAGGAUAUUGCUAAAAGGUUACUCAAGAUUGGGGCUUAUAGAGCCAUUGACAUACUCGAGGUAUCAGCUGGCAUCAUGUUUAAUAAAGGUGUUUUGUCCUGUUUGAAAUACCUUGAGGCUGUUCCUUGGACGGAGGAAGAAGAGGACAAACUUAGGAAUCUAUUUACAGUGUUUAAAUUUGAUGAGACCACAACUCGAGAUAUUUUGGCUAGACUUCACUUGCUUAGCUCAGAAGAGUCUCAACAAAAUCUAGCUAGGCAGCUUGUUUGGUCUAUUACUACUAGUGCCGAUGCCAAUGCAAGAAAUGAACUGAAGUCAUUAGUUAAGGGUCUCCUUUGCAAAAGUUCAGUGUACGAGAAGGACAAACAUGAUCUCACCAAGGAGGAUCUUUAUGAUGUUUGCCAUUCCUGUCUAGGUUUGUUAGUCAGCCUCAUGGAGGAAGCCUCUGAUAUUAUACCACAAGGGACAGUGGUGAAAAAGGAAACAAGUAAGCCCUUGAUUGGACGCAUCUCCAGACAGGUUGAUAACAUCAUUUGGCUGCUGGAAAUCCUCCUUGAUCGUCAGAUUGGUGAGGAGUUUGUGGGUAUGUGGGCAGAUCAAGUGGACUUGCUAAAAAUGCAUGAGAGUACAUCUCCGAUGGUUAGAUAUGAGCUCAGCCGGGUUUCUGCAAUUCUAUUUAUUGCAAUGGGAACAAGAAAAUUGCAUUGCCGCUCAGAAGCAAGAGCAGCGCUUCUCCAGGCAUGGUUUGGCCCAAUGCUACUGGACUUCGGUUGGUUACAGAGAUGUAAAAAAGGGUUGGACAUGAAAGCAUUAGAAGAAGCCAUGGGUCAGACACUCCUUACACUUCCUAUGAAGCAGCAGUACAUGUUCUUCACAGAAUGGUUUGGGUAUUUCUCCAAGCAUGGUACUGAAUGUCCCAAUCUCAGCAAAGCCUUCCAGAUUUGGUGGCGUCGAUCAUUUCUGAGAGGGUCAGAAACUAAUGCAAUUGAAUCCAGGUAAUAGGUGUCUCUUGUCAUUGCCUACCCCUGUAACCUUUGUUGUUGUGGAGGCUGAGGGGUUCUGAGAAUUAGGAACUGAAUAAUGUAUAUCUUUAUGUAGAAUCGUUGUAUUAGUGGUUAGAGCAUUAAGUGACAAGGUUUUUAUUUUUUUGCUAAAUUUAUUUUUAGCUUCA